AUGAGGUUGUUCAGGAAUAUCUUGCCUUUGGUCGCAAGUGUCAUCCCAGCGUUGUUCGUGGGUGACGUCGAAGCCCGAUCGCAGGCCCCCAAAGCCAUCAAACAUGUCUCCUCCGUGCUCCAUCCGGUGAUCAAGACGCCGUCGCACCAAAUCGACCAUCUCUCCAACUUCGACCUCACUUUCAGUCUUCAUAGCGGUACCCAGCGGAUAAAACUCGAGUUAGAACCGAACCACGAUAUCUUGGCCGAUGACGCCUACGUGCAAUACCUGGAUAAGGAAGGAAACGUCCAUCAAGAAGAACCAAUCAAGCGGCAUGAACACAAGGUCUUCAAAGGAAGAGCACUGGUCGGUACUGGACAAGGGCGAUGGAACCCCGUGGGUUGGGCCCGAAUUUACAUGAAGAGAGAUGGCGCUAAGCCCUUAUUUGAAGGCGUGUUCCGCGUCCAUGGAGACCAUCAUCACAUCGAACUAGCGUCAACGUACCUCGAGAAGAAGCGCGAGGAUGAUGUCGCAAUCUCGCAGCGAUCGGAGGAUUUUAUGAUUGUUUACCGUGAUUCUGAUAUGGUCCGCCACGUACAACACUCUGAACUGAAACGUUCUUUUGGCGAGGCGGCAACAUGUCAGGCCGACCAGCUGGGCUUCAAUACCGAUCCCGACCAUCCCGUCCUCCGCGCCUAUGACUACGGGGAGCCGAGUAGGUGGGGUGCCAUGUCUCUGAAUUCCAUGUUCGGACUCAGUAAGCGUCAGUCGGACAUUGGUAGCGUAUCGGGUAACACCGGUAAUGUCAACUUGAAGACCACUAUUGGCGAUACGUCUGGGUGCCCCAACACGAAGCAAGUUGCGUUGAUUGGUAUCGCAACCGACUGCACCUUUACCUCUGGGUUCAGCGACAAUCAAACGGCACGUGAAUGGAUCAUCAACACGGUCAACAGUGCCUCUAGCGUCUACGAAAGCUCGUUCAACAUCUCCAUUGGCCUUCGGAACCUGACCGUUAACGAGGCCGACUGCCCCACGACUGCACCGGAAUCAACUAAAUGGAAUAUGCCAUGCGAUCAAGGCAACGUCUCUUCCAGGUUGAACCUGUUCUCCCAGUGGCGGGGCGACAACAAGGACAGCAAUGCCUACUGGACCUUGAUGAGCGGUUGCCCUACCGGCAGCGAAGUUGGACUUUCAUGGCUGGGACAGCUUUGUAACUCCGACGCCUCAGACCAAGGCUCGAGCAUUGUCAGUGGAACCAAUAUCGUUGUUCGAACCUCCGGCGGUGGCUGGCAAGUUUUUGCCCACGAGUCGGGCCAUACCUUCGGUGCUGUUCACGACUGUGAUUCCAGCACCUGUGCGCAGGGUUACGACAGCUCGUCGCAGUGCUGUCCUCUUUCAAGUUCUACUUGUGAUGCGGAUGCCAAGUACAUCAUGAAUCCAAGCGCACAGGACGUGAAACAUUUCUCUCCUUGUACCAUUGGAAACAUCUGCUCAGCGUUAGGCGGAAACAGUGUCUCGUCGAGCUGCCUGUCUCAAAACAAGGGUGUGACCACAAUCACUGGAAGCCAAUGUGGUAAUGGUAUCGUCGAGGACGGAGAGGAUUGUGACUGCGGUGGUGAAGAGUCCUGCGGCAGCAAUAACUGUUGUGAUGCCAAAACAUGCAAGUUCAAGGGCGAUGCUGUCUGCGACGAUGCCAAUGACGGCUGCUGUAGCGACUGUCAAUAUUCAUCUGCGGAUACUGUCUGUCGCGCGAGCCGUGGCGAAUGCGACAUCGAGGAGAAGUGCACUGGCAACUCGAGCUCUUGUCCUUCGGACGAAUACAAGGACGACGGCACCAGCUGUGGCAGUGGAUCGGGUUUGACCUGCGCCAGCGGCCAAUGUACCAGCCGUGACCAGCAAUGCAAGUCCCUGAUGGGCAAGCUGUUGAACAGUAACGACACGUGGGCAUGUGACGAUUCCUCCUGCACCGUGGUUUGCGCUUCCGACACCACGGGUCCGAACUCCUGCUCGAUUCUUGAACAGAACAACUUCAUCGAUGGCACACCAUGCGGAGGUGGAGGCCACUGCAAUAACGGAAAGUGCGAGGGCACCUCGGUCGGCGGAGAGAUCAAGUCCUGGGUUGACAAGCACAAGGGCGUGGUUAUCGGUAUCUGCUGUGCUGUCGGUGGACUUAUUGUUCUUGCAAUCUUGUCUUGUCUGUUCAACCGCUGCCGUCGUCCCCGCCCUAAGGCCAUGCCGGUGCCUCCGCCUGGUGCCUGGCCGGCACCACCGCCGCGGCCAUCGAUGGGACAGUGGGCCAAUGGACCUAAUGGCGCUGGGUAUCAAGGCCUUGCUAAUGAGCCUCCACCGCCAUAUCCAGGGCCGUAUUACGGUAAUUCGGCGCCGGUGGGACAUGCGCGAUAUGCGUGA